UGUGUGUGUCUGUCUGUCCAGGCUCCUCGGGCAGAAUGUGGAGGCUGUUGGGUGCUGUCGCCCUGCUUCUUCUAGUUCCCUGCCACACAGUCGCUGACCCUUCCAAGGCCGUGGUGAUCCUGGACCCGCCCUGGGACCGAGUCCUGGAGGAGGACCGCGUCACCCUGACCUGUCAGAGCCCCCAUGGGCCCGGGGACAGCGGGACACGCUGGUGGCGCAACGACAGUGCCCUGGACGGCCAGCAGGGGGCGUCGCUGACCAUCGCCUCCGCCCGCGUCGCGGACAGUGGCCAGUACAGCUGCAAGACGGAGCGCUCGGACCGCAGUGACCCCCAGAGCCUGGAGGUGCACCAGGGCUGGCUGCUGCUGCAGGCGCGGCGCUGGGUGGUCCAGCCCGGGGACCCCAUCCACCUGCGCUGCCACAGCUGGCAGAACCGGCCGGUGUCCAGCGUCAUCUACUUCCACAACGGCAUGGGGCGGAAGUUCUUCUACAAGAACUCGGAACUGCACAUCCCCGCGGCGACGCUGGCGGACAGCGGCACCUACUUCUGCCGGGGCCUCUUGGGCCGGAUGCGCAACGAGUCCUCGCCCACGGCGCGUCUCCUCGUGGCAGAUCCCUCCAGACCCUUCCCCUUCAUUCCCUCCCCCUCCAUCCCCUCCCUCUCCGUCCCCUCCCCCUCCGUCCCCUCCCCCUUCGUCCCCUCCCCCUCCAUCCCUUCCCCAUCACCCCUCCCUCACUCCCCAUGGUACCGGAUCGCUCUCAGCCUGGCCGUGGGACUUUGGUACGUCGUGAGCACCGGGCUCUGCUUGUCGGUGUGGCUGGACCUUCGACACUCACUGGCGUCCGUCCGAUGGAAUGAGAGGAUGCAGUGGCGUCGGGACCCUCAGGACAAAUGAGACCCCCACCCCAGCCCUCCCCCCAGCCCAGGCAGCAGCUGGAAGAGCAGCCUUUGUGUGUGUGUGUGUGUGUGGGGUGGGGGGCGUGGGGACAACUUCUCGGACCCUCACACAAGUGCCUCGCUGGGGUGGAUUCCACCACGGAAGACACCCCCCCAAUGCCCCUGCAAAGCACGGAGUACAAGUCAGCAGGGUGCAGAAGCCUUUCUAGAAUGGUCUCCCUGUUCCAGAAGCUUCUUUUCCCCGCGGACCAGUUCCGGCUUCCGACAAAGCCCUUUCCACCCUG